AUAAAAAUUAAUAAUUACAAAUUGAAACUUUUUUGUUUUUAUGAGAAGAAAAAUUUGUUUUGUUUUCGAGUUUAGCAAUGGCAAAAGACCAAUAUUGUGUUAUUUGUCGCGAUCGAAAGUGUUUUUCAUUUUAUUAUUUUUCAUUCAAUAGAACUGAUGACAAUCUUCCUCUGCAAACAUAUCUCACGGAGUCUCUCGCGGUCACUGGAAAAUGAUCUCACGCGCGCGAGAUAAAAAGUCUUGACCUUUCCUCUGCCCCGAGCGCGCCUGAUAAGCUAAAGACCCCCGCUGGCAGGUCACAGGUCAAUCUUUGCAAUAUGUCCGUGUAUAUAGUCUUAUCGCGCUUGACCCUUGGCAGCACAAAUGGGCCACGACUUAGUGUGACAAACAAAUCACGUUGCAAGACCAGCAAUCGCGAGCAAUCCUAAAUUGUUUCUAUUAAAAAAAAAAAAAUGAUUAAAAAUUUCAGGCCAGUCAAUGUAUAACUUUAAAAAAAGUAUGCUUUUUUCAUGGCAAAAAAUUUGAAACUGAAAUAAGAUGUUUCAGUAUAUCAUGUGAUGAUCCGGUGAAACUUCUGAAACAAUUGAGAUUUAUUUCAUCAUUCAAAUUCAUUGACGUAGAAAAUUUCUUAAUCAGGAAAAUUAUACCAUUUUUUUUUAUUUAAAUUCAAUUUUAAUUAAAAAAAUUAAACAAAAUUUUUGCUCGCUGCAUGUUUUUUGCUGCAAAAAAAUGAAAUGAAAUUAAUUUCAUUCAGUUUGUUGAUCCGCACGUCAGUUACUUUUCUGCCUAUAGCAAUAAAAUUAUACAAACAAAAGCGUUUUGCAAGACUGCAGCGCUAUGAGGAAUUGUGACGUCAACAUAAUAUGCAAGCGGUUAUGCGUUCGCGUUAUUAAUUGCAACUUGUGCAGUUAAUUCAAACGUUAAAAGUUAUUCGCACCAGAGUAAAAAUUCUGCUUUUAAAUUCAGUGAAUCCCAUUAUUUAAAAAAGAAAUAGCAGUAAUUUGAUAGUAUUAAUUAAUAAUAUUUGUAAUUCAUAAUUCACAUUAAUAAUAAUUUAUUAUAAUUUUAAAGAUCAGUUGAAUUUUUUUGAGACACGGAGAAAUUUUAGGCGUAGAAAGAUAAAAAUAAUAAGUCAUUAAUAGUCGCAGGAGACGCGCGCAGCUGUAAGACAAGGUUACCUUUGCCCGUGUUUUGUGUUUUUAUUUAUUUACCGGUUGGAAAGAAAAAAUAUUUUUGUUCCCGAAAAUUUCGAACCCGGAGAAGUUUCCAGUCAGUUCAAUUUCGUUUCUGCGUCUCGGCCUCGUUCAGGAGGAGCCGCGGCCGCAGGAUUUAAAGAGCGAGCGAGGAUGAGGAUGGCGGAUGGCGGGCCGGCGCCUGUUCACGCCAUUCGGAUGGACCAAUGAGCGCCGCGCCAGCUGCGGUCGUGCCCCCGACGCGCAUGCGCCCCGCCCACUUCUUCCACUCGCACCGCAGGCCGAGCCGAGACCGUCCGUCCGCGCUAAAAAGCCAAUUAAUUCACUUCUAGAAGUUGCCAGAGCAGGUGUUGGUCUCGUUUUCGCCCCUCGACACUUUCAAGACCACUUUGGUCGCCGAACCCAAAGAUCAAUAGGUCAGUUGUGCGGCUGAUAAGGCGGCGAGGCGAGAGGAUAAAAAGCGUGAGCCGCGUUUCGUCGCUCUUCAUUCGGCCCAGAGAGAGCCAGGCCAGGCCGACCCGCCCCCUCAGGUUGUGCUGCAGCGACCUGAGAGCGAGUGAAAGCAAGGCCGAUGUUGGGUUCGCGGUUUGAUUUACCAUGAGCUUGGUCGCCGCAGUGCACAGACAGAAGCCCAUUUACUAUUCCGACUACUCGGACACAAACUAGACGGUUUUUCCUUCUUCGCAAAACCCAAAGUACAAGUCGUCGUGUCAUAAAAAGCCCUUAAGAAGGUCCACACUUAUCUCAGCGGACCACAAUUUUAUGAUUAGCGCCGACAAAAACACCGCCAUGGAUAUUUUGAAUAAUCCGGUGCUCAAGUCGUUCAUCGCCGGCUCGUUUUCCGGCACUUGUUCCACAAUUUUGUUCCAACCCCUCGACUUGGUCAAGACCAGGCUGCAGAACCCCAUCCCCGCCACCAUUGGAGCGCCGACAACUCCAGGAAUGUUCAAUCUCAUGGGUCACAUAAUAGAAAAGGAGCAUCUGAGAGGCCUCUGGAAAGGCAUGACUCCCUCGCUGACUCGGACCGUGCCCGGCGUCGGUCUUUACUUUUCCUCGCUGCACUGGCUCAAGGGCCACUUUGUCGAGCCUGGCAAGGAGUUGCAGCCCCUGCAGGCGGUGACCCUGGGGGUCGUCGCGCGCACCAUGAGCGGCGUCUGCAUGAUUCCCAUCACGGUCAUCAAGACCAGAUACGAGAGUGGAGUUUACGAGUACAGAGGCGUGACGGCGGCUCUCAGGGUCAUUUACAAGACUGAGGGAGUGAAGGGGUUGUGUUGCGGCCUGGUGCCCACCCUGUUCAGGGACGCGCCCUUCUCAGGCCUCUACCUGCUUUUUUACACCCAGACCAAGAAGUCGCUGCCACAAGAGUGGUGGAGCACCCAGUUGGCGGCGCCGCUGCACUUUUCCUGCGGAAUCGUGGCCGGUCUGCUGGCGUCGGCGGUGACGCAGCCGGCCGACGUGGUCAAGACCAAGAUGCAGCUGUACCCGGACAAGUACGCCAACAUCCUGUCCGUGAUGGCGCACAUCCAGCGCAAGUACGGCGUGCGCGGCUACUUCAAGGGCCUGGCGCCGCGCAUGCUGCGCCGCACCUUGAUGGCCGCCAUGGCCUGGACCGUCUACGAGCACAUGAUGCGCAACCUCGGCAUCAAGUGACCCCCCGAAGAGCCCGGCUCGGGCCCGCCAAUCUAGAGGAAACUAUUUUUACAAACAAACUGUCGAUCCAGAUUUGUCAUGUGCAUCAAUUCCUAAAUGAAAGAAAGAAAUUGUGAUGUUCCUCGGAGUAGGAAGCAAGCAAAACCCAGUAUUACAUCUAGGAAGCUGAAACGCUCCGUUUUUUAUGUAAAGACAAGGUUUGUCGGUUUAGAAAUGCCAUUUCUCUUUAAUUUUGCCAAGACUGAUAUGUUAUAUAUUAUUUUGUAAAAUGUAAUUUUAUCAUUUUGCCUUUAGCCGGAAAGCAUGCAAGGUCCACUUUCUGGGUCUGCAAAAUACAAAUACAUGUUUUCAUACUGUAAUGGUGAUUAUUGCAUGAAGCUGUGAAAAGAUUUUUAAUAAAAACGCCUACUAUUUAAAAUAUAAAUUAAA